AUUUGUAUGCAGGCAAAAUUUAUUUCAAUCGUUUUAUUGAAGUGACGAGUUCGCUGUAAAUUAGUCUCGGUUCAGAAAAUAUCAAUUGUGAAAUUAGAAAUUAUAUUUUGUUUUUAAAUUCAAGACGGAUAUUUUUCUAAAAUUAUGGAAAUUUAUUAGCCAUAAAGUAUUAGCAAAAAAUAAAAAAAAAAAGCAUCUUGAAAAAUUGUGCUAGGCAAACAGCUUUGAAACUUUGAAACGCAGUUUUGUUUUUAAAAAAGAUAUGAGAUAUUUGUUCUAAACACAACAAAAAUAUACGCGACAAAGAAAACGCAUUUUCCUCAGUCAUUUUUAGCAAGAGUUGUAAAGUCUGUAAUAGCUCGUUGAGUCACAAAAUGACUUCCACUCCACCAAAGAUUGGUGAAGAUUUGCUGGGCGAAUCUUGGAUUGAGUUGAGUACAGCUGCUACAAUGGCUGGUGUUAAGAGUCCGGAGCGAAUAACACCAUUGCCGUUUUCUAACGGUGAGGAAUAUUUGCGUUUGUUACGUGAAGCUCAACGUGAAUCAAAUCCGUCGAGUCAUGUAGUUUCCUUAGCCAGCUCCACACAUGAUAGCCCCAAGUCGCCACCUAAUAGUCCAAACACAGAAUUGUGCGGUGAGGAUGAGCUUAAACAUGUAUACAUUAACUAUUGGAGCAAAACGGCUGGUGAGACACAAAAGGACACUGAUUGGUUAGAUGAAUGGAAUAGUCGACCUGAUCAACAACCACCAAAGGAUUGGAAAUUUGAACAUCCCCAGAAUCAGCAGAGGAAGAAAACGACUGGCUAUUCUAUACGCUUGACACGCGUCGGCAAAAAUUCACUAUUUUCACGCGAAAUUUUGUAUUCCCUCAUCUUGUCGAAUGUAUUAUCAUUGCUCUUGGGAGCAGGCUUAGGAUUGUGGCUCAGUAAACGGGGCAUAUUGCUUACCCGUGUAGUCAUUGACUGAAGUGCUCUACAUUUAUCUCUUUUUUCUUUUUUAAUAAAGAAAGUGUGAUUCUUUUAU